AGAUCUAGAUAGGCUGUGAUUUCUUCAGUAGCAUAGAAAAACCAAAUAAUCAGGUUUCUUUCCUGCAUCUUAAAUUGCUUUAUUAUUUACUGCUUUAAAACGUACUUUUUAAAACUAUAUUAAAAUUAGAUUUCUAGUUCUUUCUUUUCCGCAACUCGUGCGUUGGUGUUCAACUGGAGCAUGGGUUGCCCUAUUUUAUUCAAAAGCUAUUUAUAGAGGCGGAUGUUAGGCUAACAACUAACAUAGCUGACUUUUUGAAUCGGGCUGAUUGGCUGAAUAAUAUACACAAGGAAAUACGCUGUGUGCUACUAUAUCAGCAGCUUGGCGUGACGAAAUAGUUUAGUAGUGUGUUCAGAUAGUCUAGUCGACUAGUCUAGUUAGUCUAGUUACUAGUAGUUGUAGUGGAUCUAAUGUUGUCUCAUCACUGACACGAUGGACUAUUGAUUAGCUAAUUGGAUUGAAAACAAGAGAAAUAUAUAUUUUCUAUUCUUCUACAUCAUACAUCGCUCAAUUUAAAGAAAGGAUAACCUCAGCCAGCUUGUUUAUGGCGCGUCUGCUCAUUGAAGCUAUAAGUAACGGGGAACAGGCACUGGCCCUGGAGAUAAUCCGCCAGGGUAUCUUUGGAUGUAUAGACAGCCAAACAUCCAGGAGAGAUGGAACAGCUUUGUUCUUCUGCUGCAGUCGGGGAUUUUAUGACCUGGCUAAAAUAUUACUUGAAAUGGGAGCCAGUGUAUCGUCUACAGACAAGAGCUUAGCCACCCCCUUACACGCGGCUGUUGAUAAUGGACAUUUAAAUAUUGUGAAGUUAUUAUUAAAGCACGGCGCUAACGUAGACAGCCAGACCUGCAGGGGGGACACACCCCUCCACCUCUCUGCAUACAGGGGGUAUGAGGAAAUCACCCACUGCUUGAUUGAGGCUGGCGCUAACAUUCUGGUGGCCAAUGCCAGUAACCAAACCCCCCAGAGGGAAGCUUUCUCCCAGGGGCAUUACAACAUCAGCAACUAUUUGAAGAACCUGCACUACACUCUGUAUCCAGAUAUGUCAAUGAGCUGUUUCUCUGACUCCAUGAUACAACUGGAUCCCCCGAGUGAAAUAUUCGACCAGCCUGAAGAGAAACCUCACCACAAACACCAACCAUUCAGCCGUGACACCAGCUCGACCACUGCCAGUCCAUACUUCGCCAGCGCCCCUAAAGCCACUGCCCCUAAGGUCCAUCUCCCUAGUCUCAGUACCCCCACGGUCAGCCUCCCCAGUCUCCCCACCCUCAGUCCCCCCACCAAGUGCAAUAAAACCAAGGAUGAGAAUCUCGAAAAAGUCAACCCCCUUCCCUGUCCCAAGACGAGAAGUAAAACCGACCUGAAAAUAAAAGACUUGGAGCUGAUAACCUUGGAGCCUCCUGCAGAUUGUGUACUUCUGAGCCCGGAGCCGCGCCCAAAACAGGAGCCGCAGUCUCGAAUUCAGAGAACCGUCUCCCAGCAGCAUCCUAGACCCGCACCCCAGGCUUCUCAAAGACAUUUGUCCUGCGGGUCUUUCAUCCCCUACGACGGUUCUCAAACUGUAACCAGCUGUUUAUAUAGCCCCAACAGCGAGAAUGGAACAUUUGACGAGAUCUUCAGCAUUGGGCAAACUAAAAACUCGACGCAGAAAUCAGAGAACAGUAAAUUAGACAGUUUUAGAAUAUACUCCCCACCUCCUAUGGAGGAUGAUAUCUACUUCCCUCCCUUUAUUGACUCAAAAGUUACCCCCCUUUCUCGUGUAUAUAGAGUUUGCUCCCCUCCUAUAAAAAGCCCGAAAAUUAUACUCUCGCAGUUGGCUGUCUGUAGAGAUAUACCCAACUCAAAAUCGCCAACAUCGUUGCAUAAUAGUAGUAGAGUAUCGGAAGAGUUUUCCGACAUCUACGAUUCGUCCAUGUUUAGUAUUUCAUCCCUUGAGUCACUACCGAGUGCCGAUCAGGUUCAGCUUGAAUCACAGCACGGUGAAAAACUCAACGCACCGUUCAAGCUCCAACGUGCUAUCUCGGAUAACGAAGCCAGGUUUCCUCCGAGCUGCCUCGCUAAACGACCGGCGUUCAACAAGAGCGUCUCGGUCGACGUACGGCCGCAAUUGGCGCACCAACAGCUUUUUGUACAGCAACAGCCGUUUGUACACGAACAGCCGUUUGUGCAUGAGCAGCUGUUCUCCCUCUGUGGCCCGCCCUCCUGUCAAUCAAACAAUCUGUCCUCCAAUCUCUUGUCAUUAUCCUCAUCAAAGCCCGCCUCCAUGACUUGUGUUAAUAUACCCAUUAACUGAUAUUUAUUAAAAAUAUUUUCUAUUGUUGAAAU